AUGUUAAAGGAAUCAUUGAAGAUAAGUAGAAAUGUUUUAUCUCAAUUAUGUGUUAAAUGGGUUGAAAGAAGGGGUGAUUUUGAUGUUAGCGGUGAAGUGGUGGAAUUUAAUUUAUUAGAUGUUUGGUUAAGGUUAGGAUUGAGGGUGGUAGGAGAAAAAAUUGAUUUAAAUGAGGAAGUUUUGGAGAGUGAGACAUGGAAUACUUUUAGGGGUCAAAGAGUUGAUGUUAAGUUGAUAUCUGAUUUUUUGAUGAAAUUUGAUGAUGAUGUUGGUGAUGUUGAAUUAUUUUGCAAGUUAUAUAUUGUGUUAGGAAUAUCAGAGUUCUUGCUUUCAAAUAAAAAGGGUAGUGUUUUUCCCAUUAUUUUUAAAAUUGUUGAUGACAUGGAAAAUAUUGGAAAAUAUAAUUGGGGUACAUUAGUGUACGAGUAUUUGGUGUGUAACUUGUGUAGUGCUUUGUUGGCAUUGCAGAAUGAACCAAGUCGAUUUGAGUUCUAUGUGGUUGGAUGUGCGUAUUUGCUUGAGGCUAUUGUUGAUGUGGUGGCGUCAAAGGAAGAACUUGAUCAUGUUGUUGUAAGAGAAGCAUUUGAAUAAUUUGGCACUGCAUACAAAACCCAAGAUGUGAAGGACAAGGAAGAGGUUGAGCGUUUGCUACAACAUCAUGAAGCAGAGAUAGUUGAUUUGGAACAAUCUAUGUCUGCAUUGGAUGACUUGGUUGCAAAAUGGAAGGGUGAACGCCCAAAGGAUGAGGUCCCAGAUGAAGUAGGUGAUGAUAUUUUCGAUAAUGACGAUAUGGUGAAUGAGCAAAGCGUUGAGCCACCUGAUGAUGUAACAGGUGUUGAAAAAGAUGAUGAUGCACAACAUAGCAAUAUGUAUGACCGUAUGAAGGCCCAACCUCGUAGGCGGUUCAAGAGUGUUGCCAUAAAAACACCAUUUUCUGUUUAUGGAAAGAAGAAGUUCAAAUCACUAAAAAUGGGUUGAUGGUGUUGUGAAUUGAUAAGUACACGUAGGAAGUCAUUGUUAUUUUUUGUUUAGUUAAUUAUGAAUGUAGUUUAUGUAUGGUAUGUAUGGAUGGAA